UGGACUUCCAAAUUCCGCAAAGCGGCAAUCGCUAGUAUCAUCCUAAUGGAAUUUAUUCUCGUCACGGGAGAAUACGUGUCAAAGUAAUCAUGGCCCUCGCGUUGCUUGUAUCCCUUGAUUACAAAUCUGGCCUUAUACUUAUCAAUGGAACCGUCUGGUUUCAUUUUACGUUUAAAAAUCCACUUGGAUCCCAAAGGUUUACAUCCCGGAGGGAGAUCAACCAAUUCCCACGUGUGAUUUUUUAGGAUAGAGUCCACCUCACUUUUGAUGGCUUCUUUCCACAUCGGUCCUUCGGUAGACGUUACGGCUUCCGUAUAAGUCCGUGGCUCAUUUUCUACCAAACAUGUUAGAAAAUCCGGUUCAUUUUCUACCAUACAAGUUAGAAUAUUCGAAUCGAAUUCUACCAGGUAUGUGAGAAAAUCCGGUCCGAAGGAUUUUUCUACUCUAGCAUGUUUGCUACGUCGGGGUUCGGGUUCUUCACUCGAUCCCUCGCUAGUAUUUUCCAUAGCUACGUCAAAUGUUCGUUUUGACGUGCUAGGUCCUUCGUUGGACUUACAUGGAAAUACAUCUUCAAAGAAUGAGGCAUUCCUUGAUUCAAUUAUAGUGUUUUCAUGUACAUCCGGAUUAUUCGAAUCGUACACUAAAAACCGAUAAGCACUACUAUUUUGUGCAUAUCCAAUAAAAAUACAAUCCACCAUUUUUGGACCUAUUUUUAUUUUCUUAGGUGUUGGUACAAGCACUUUUUCCAAACACCCCCACACUUUUAAAUAUUGAUAGGAAGGCCGUCUGCCUUUCCACAACUCGUACGGAGUUUUAUCAUAUUUUUUCCGGGGAACCUUAUUUAAAAGGUAAUUGCUUGACAAGACUGCUUCGCCCCACAUAUUUUGUGACAAGCCCGAACUUACUAGCAUCGCGUUCAUCAUAUCUUUCAAUGUGCGAUUCUUUCGUUCGGCAACACCAUUUGAUUGAGGUGAAUAGGGUGCGGUACGUUCAUGUACUAUACCCACGCUCGCGCAAAAGUCACCAAUUGGUGCUUCAUACUCACCACCUCGAUCACUUCUAACCAUUUUAAUCCGUCGAUUAAGUUGGUUUUCCACUUCAUUCUUAUAAAGAAUGAAUUUAUCGAUUGCUUCGUGUUUAUUUUUUAAUAAAUAAACAUAGCUAUAGCGAGUGCUAUCAUCGAUUAAAGUAAUAAAAUAUUUAUUACCGCCACGUGUUUGUAUUGAUUUAAAAUCACAAACGUCACUAUGAAUUAAUUCAAGUGGCUCCGUUUUUCUUUCAACUGAUUUGAAAGACGUUUUCGCUAGUUUUGCCUCUACACAAACUCCACAUUUGUGAUUCACAUCAAUUGUGAAUUUAGGAGUGUGUUCCAUGUUAAUUAAUCUACGUAUAGAAUUAAAAUUAACAUGUCCUAGUCUACCAUGCCACACAUUGGAAGACUCAAGCAAGUAAGCAGAAGAGAUUUUAUUAUUAUUAAUAAUAAUAGUUGAUAGAGUAUAUCUAGAGAGAAGUGAGAGCUAGAGAGAGAAGUGCAAUAAUAUGCUUCAAUAGAAUGAAUUUGUAACCCCUAUAACUACUCCCAAGGGGAGUAUUUAUAGAGAAAAUACGGGCUGGGCUCCCAAGGCUUGGGCUUGGGAGGCCCAUUUACAACUGGACCGCUACUGGGCCGAAUACAAAGCCACUAAUGGGCUGUACAAAGAAGUAAGUGUAGAAUCCGGUUCUGUGGAGUCUUUGUGGCCGACGAGGGCGUGGCCGACGAGGGCACGGCCGACGAGGGCGCGGCCGACGAGGGCACCCGGGUUCCUUGGCUUCAGGACCAUAAUCUGAGUUGGCACCUUUUCGGCCGACGGGGGCGUCUUGGCCGACGAGGGCGCCACUCUGUGUCUUGUGCUUUCUGUUCUUCCGAGUAUGUGGGUCCGGGGGCUCAGGCCCAUAUACUCCAUCAGGAGUCCCCCACUCUCUAAGCUGAGACGUAGACGAAGUGAAGGAGAGUAGAUUCCCGUGCUUUAGUGCUUUUGUCCGAUGCGGGCGUUCCCAGGCCGUCAGCUGUUGCGGCGUUGGUGUUGUUUCCAUUUUGGUGAUCCUGUUCUGUGCCUUGGCCGUUACCUGCUCCUCGCUGUGGGCGGGGAGGCCGUUGUUUCCUUGAUGUGUUCGUUUGGGGACGACAAGUGUCCUGCUUCAAUGGUGGCCGUUGAAGGCACGCUUUCCCUUUCCUGGAUGUUGAUGGUUGAAGUUUAUGUUUGGGCCGAUGAGGCCACUGAGAUUGAACCUUGCUUUGAGGACGAUGGCGUCCUUGCUUUGAGGACGAUGGCGUCCUUUCCUUUGGGUGGCCGAUGAGGGUGUUUGCGCACUCCUUUUGGCCGUCGCUGAUGACGUCGUGUGCCUUUGGUCGACGAGGCGCAGUGUGAUACAUGGCCGAUGUGACCAUGCGUUGUUGGUUACAGUCAUGUUCUUUGUAUUGUUGAGGCCGGUGUAGUCCCCCAGUCCCCCACUGCUUCAGGCCGAAGAGUGUGAGGGGUGAAGGAGUUGCUUGAGUCCCUGGCCAAAGCGGCCUCUCCGUAGUCCCCCUGAAUCCAACCCUCAUGGCGAUUUUCUGGCCAAGGUAACCCUGUGGGAGAACCCUUGUGCGUAGAUCGCUUGUAGAGAGUUAUCAUUAAGGGUCAUUACGAGGAGCCGAUGGCUGUGGGUUCUUGGUUCCUUUGGUUCUGUGGCCGUUAUGGGCGUUCAUUACGUUCCUGGACGUUGUCGUCUCCUUAUUGUUGGCGUUUGUGAACCUGGCAAGCAAAUAGGACGUUGUGGGCGCUUGCUGGCACUCGUGAAGCCGGCAAGUGUAUAGGCCGUAGAGUCUGUUUUGCCAGUGGGCUGUUGACAUGUAGCUUGGCCCGUUGGUGAAGUGGUGGCCUCCCAUUGGUGGCCGUUGAUGUGGCCAUUGGGAGGGUGCCACGUGUAGUGACCGUUGGGUGGGGGGGUUCUAUAAAUACCCCUCCCCCUCCGACCAAAAAUCUCAUUUGCAUUCUGAAUUGUCGAAGUGCUGGCCAAUUUUCUAGAGAGAUAAACUCCCAAGCUUGUUCUUCGUGUUCUUCGUGUUCAAGGUUAGUGUUCAUCGCAAUCUUCUGCACUUUUCAUACUUUGCUUCCUAGGCUAGUGAUCUAGUGUUAGGCGUUUGAACACCCUUAGAUCCUAAGUUAUUCUCCUUAGGCUCGUAGUAGUAGUUAUGGUGAAGAGUUUGAACGAAGACUACUAUCCGUACGACGACCAACCCUCCACUAGGUCACUCGACUAUGAGGUGCUCGAGGAGUUCGAGGAGGAGAUACAACACUUAAGUCCCUACAAAUCCGAAGAGCCGGUGGACGAGGAAGUCGAGGACGAGGAGUCCGCCUCGUCUUCAAAAGGUGAGGACGCAGCUGCGUCCCGAGUGGUGGACGGGGCGUCCACUUCAGCUGUUAUUCCGUGCCCGAGGCCGGUGUCCGCCGUUAAGGGAGCCGAUAAGCCGAAGAGAGUGAGGAGGCCGAAGAGUGGGCCGGGCAUCUCCUACCUGGAUCUCACCAACAUCUUCCUGAUUAAGCCGGAGAGCAGCGCGGCCGACUACCUUGUUGCCCAGAUGUACGUGGGGCCGUUCGGGCGGGUUAGGGCACCCAGGCCGACGGACCAUGUUCUUCUUCCGCCACCGGGAUACUUUGGAGUAUACCCGAUGAGUUUCGCUAAGGGGUUGAGGUUUCCCCUUCAUCCCUUCAUUACUGAAUACCUUGACAUGGUGGGGCUCCCUCCGGCCUUGCUGACGCCGAACAACUAUUCACUGAUGGUAGGGUUUUUGCUCCGCUGUGAGGAGUUGGGCUACAGGCCGACGACAGCCCUUUUCAUGAAUCUGUAUCAGAUCGGCUGAGGAAGCCACAAAAACUGUGCAGCCUAUGCUACUCUUCAACAACUGCCGAAGAAGAGGAGCUUCACGGACUUGCCUACGUCCAUUCAUGGGUGGAAGAGCAAGUUCGUUUUUGUGUCCCUUGGUGAGAGUGGCACAGAGUUUCCCUCCCUCGGCCAUACCGGGAGGUUUAAUCUGCAUGACCCGCCGAAGAGCUCUAUCUUGGACGCUCAGGUGGAGGCUUUCCUGGAAGGGGGGCCGAGGAGCGUGAAGGAUUAUAUCACUGAAUACAAGAUGACCGCCCUCGGCUUCUUGAGAUACCAUGUGUAUGGGGAUAAGGAGGAUGACCUCCAACUCUGGCCGAGGAUGACCACCACCUUCGAAGAGGCCGACGGCCCGGACUUGGGCAUUCCUGCUGAGGCCGAUGGUAAUUAUUUCUUCGGCUUUCUUCCUUUAUGAUUUGUUCUUUUGCCUUGCUAAUCUGUUGUUUUUCCUUUGUAGAUUUUGUCAUGGAUCGUCGUUCCAUAAUGGCUAUUGCUAAGGCCAAAGCGGCCGAGGAGUUGGCUGCUAAGGCGGCCGAGGCGGCCAGACGUGCCGCGGCCGAGGGAAGCGGGGCUACUGCUGGUGCGGCCCCAAAGCCUGCCCAAUCGAAGAAGAAGAGGCCGGCCACUGACGGCCAGAAAAAAUUGACUGAGGCCGGCCUGAACGUCGCCAAGAAGACGAAGAGGGCACCGUCUCCUUCCCCUGCUACCGAGGCCGGUACUCUGACUGUCCCGAGCAUGGACGAUAGUGGUCCCCUCGUGGACCUUACUGCUGCUCCAAGUGAUGCCGCCCAAUCGCUCCCUAUCGUCCAGGAGCCACGGACAAAGAGGGCUGGCAAGGAGAUCGCCGCUGCCAUCUACCAGAAGGUGGUGGAAUACCCCGUCGGCGGGGGUGUGUUUGACGAUGCCGUCCUCGGCCAUGAUGUGCUGGCCCAGGCCAUGCCGGCCAAAGAUCGGGCUUACCUUAAGAAGCUCGGGGACGUGAAGGUGUACGAGGGCGGCAUGGACCUCCUCGUCCAAAGUGCCUUUAUGCUCAUGGAGAGCCACAAGAGGCAAUACCGGGAGAUAGCUCGUUUGAAAGAGCUGGAGCAGAAGGCUGCCUCGGCCGAUGAGGCGGUAGCUUGCCUGGAUCGGCUCCGGGAGGAUGCCAAGGCGUUGCAACAAAAGGCCGACGAGGCCGCCGCAGCCAGGGACGAUGCCCUGGCCAAACUCGAAGAGAGCCAAAGGGCGCUGGAGGCCGAGUGGCGCAAGAACGAGGAGGCCGUGAAGGCGAGAGCUGAGGCCGAGGCUGCCGCAGUGAAGGCUGCUGAUAAGGCCGUUGAGCAAUUCCUGGCCGAAGGGUGGAAGGCCGAUGAGAGGCUCCCCUGGUGCUAUGAAGUGGUGGCCGCCAGGCUUGAAAAUUGGGGGAUGAACUCCCCCGCCGGCCAGGAGUAUUUCAGUAGGGAGAUGGCCGUUUACUAUAACAUGGGCCAGGAGCGGAUGCAGAGGCUCCUGUGUCGGCGGCUGUCUCGUGCUCUGAAGGCCAUGAAUUACACAUCCGGGUGGGCUAGACGGAACUUGAAGCUGCCAAAGCUGAUGAAAGAUCCAGAAGAGCAGGCCAAGCUUCCUCUGUCGGAGAGGGAGUCCCCCAUUGAGAGUUCCGGCCUCGGCGAGCCGGAUUACACAGAGUUCGAUUUCCUGGACGAUGCCACCAGUGCUGCAGCUGCCGCCGGCCAAGAGACUGAGGCCAAGGAGGGAACCGACGACGUCGAGGAGCCAGCCGGUAAUGGAGGUGCUCAAGAAGCUUGAUCGGCUAUUCCCCGCUCCCUUGUAAUUAGUUUUUCCUUUUUGCCA